CGCAGGAAAGCGAAGAAGCACAAGCAAUAAAGGAACCGAGCUGUCUACAGAGACACACUAACUACAAGACAUCAUGAAGACUCUGACUCUCAUCUCCAUCUGCACUCUUCUCUCAGUGUGCUGGUCCAUGGGAGCUGUGGAACCCGAUGUUGUCGUGGAUCCUGAUGCCGACGCAGCUGCUGAUGUUGCACCUGCUGACCCCGCUGCUGCUGCUGAUUCAUCCUCUGCUUCUGACUCUUCUUCCUCCUCUGAGUCCGAUUCAGCCUCAUCUGACUCUUCCUCAGACUCUUCAGCAUCUGAUUCCUCCUCCUCCUCCUCAGAGUCCUCUGAAUCCUCAGAGUCUUCAGAGUCCUCUGAGUCCGACUCCUCUGCCUCAGACUCAUCAGCAUCAGAUUCUGCUUCUGACUCUUCAUCAUCAUCAUCUUCAUCUUCCUCAGAGUCAGCCAGCACUGAAGCUGCUCCAGUGGUUGUGAAGAGAGAUCUGGCUGCUGUUAUUCUGAGGAGCAGAAGAGCUGCUACAGCUGGUGAUCUCACCCCUCUGCAGCUGGAAAGCCUCAGAGAGGUGUGCGAGCUGAACGUUGCCUGCGAUGAGAUGGCUGACACUGCCGGCAUCGUGGCCGCGUACAACGCCUACUACGGACCCGUCCCCUUCUAAGUGAAAGAGACCUCUUAACAUGUGUACUGUUUUGUUUUUUCUUUUUUUUCUUCUUUUUUUAAUACAACAGUGCAACAGCUCCCCUACGUAAAUCAAAGGCAGAACACAAAAACCAUGGUUCAGAACCAUGUUAUGAUGCUACAAGGAGAAUUUUUUUUUUUAGGCAUAAAUUAUUGCACAAGUGACCAUCUUCGGUGGUCCUGAAUGAAACUGCCUCUUCCAGGCUUUCAGAGAGAGGCACAUGGAAACACGAGCCUGUGAAGUACGUUAUAGUAGCCCACAUUAAGUGUAAAUUAUUCUUUUCAUCUGUGGUGUAAUACAAUGAAUGGUGCUACAAGUGCAAUUUGUAUUGUUUCUUUUUUUUUUGUACUGAUGUUUUUAAUAUUACUUACUUUAACUGGUAGUUCUAGUGAGUAGUGGAUUUAGUAAUGAAUUCUUAGAGGUAGUUGUAGUUUUAUUCCAUUGUAUUGAUAGUGGUAGUGUACACUAUGUGUAAAAUGCACAUCAGUUAUCUGUUUUGACUGUAACCACAAAUUGCCUCUGG